CGGCGCGGUCCCGGCGGGAUGGGCAGCGGCGGGGCCGGCCCGCACGGACGGCCCCGGCAGAUGCACUGAUGUCUGCCCCUUGCACAGACCCGGCCCACCCGAGGUUGGCAGAUGCGUGGGUGCUAGUGUGAACCCCCAGUAAAAGAAUGAGUGAGAGAGACAUACAAAGCCUGAGCAAAUGGGUUUUCGUGCUCACUCUCUGCCUUACCACACUGUGGGGAAGACUGACGCUGGCCUCCACCCAUCACAGAAGCCAUUCAGUGCACGUGGAGCCCGGCACGUGCGAAGUCAUCGCAGCUCACCGCUGCUGCAAUAAGAACAAGAUCGAGGAGCGCUCCCAGACGGUGAAAUGCUCCUGCUUCCCGGGGCAGGUGGCGGGGACGACGCGGGCGGCUCCCUCCUGCGUGGAUGCCUCCAUCGUGCUGCAGAAGUGGUGGUGCCAGAUGGAGCCCUGCCUCGACGGGGAGGAGUGCAAGGUGCUGCCCGACCUCUCGGGCUGGAGCUGCAGUAGCGGCAACAAAGUGAAGACGACCAAGGUCACGCGAUAGCCGGCAGCCUCGGCGCGGGUCCCCGCGGCUCUGCGGAGCCGGCGGCAGCGGGACGGGGUCCCCCCGCUCCAGGGCCACCAUCCCGGUACCGGAUCAGAGCACCCGCCGAGCCCCGGCUGCCCCGGGGGCUGCGGGGAUGGGACCCCAGCGCGGCUGCACGACUCCCGUCGCUCCACGGCCCCCUCUGCUGCGGACACACUCGCCAACCAAGAAAUGGGCUCCUUUUCUUAUUCUGUUAAAUAAAAUGCUCCGAUCGUGUAAGAGCUGUUGACAAUACAGACAGUGGGCGGUCCCCCAAAAUGGGCUUUAUUCUGAAAUAGCUGGAAUCGUUGCUGUGAGUCACCUUUCCCCACCUCCCAAGGUGUCGAAUCAGGGUCACUGUCAGGAAUUGGGAAGUCAGCGGUUGUGUGAAACCCUCCCCGGUUUGGCUCACGGCUCCUGGCCCCGUGGGUUCCCAGGAGCCAGCGCUGAGCCCCGGCUUGAUCUCGUGUCCCCCGGGGGCCGGGGGGUUUCUCUGACCCCCAGAGCGUUGUGCUUUGCCUGCCCCAGGACCUGGCUGCUGUGACCACAUGUGGCGGAUGUGGCAGUGUGGCCGGGGGUGUCUGACACCCCGUCAGCCCCCCAAGAUGGUGAAAUGUCUCCGUGGAGCAUGAUGCUGGUUUCUCCUUCCUCAGUAAUUGCAUUAAUCAGGCUGUGAGUUUAAUAUCCAUUCUCUGCCGCGCAAGUCUCAGGCACCAAGUUACUGCUUGUGUUCGCAAUUGAAUUUCAGAAUAAUGUGUGAGGGAAGCCCCUUCUGUCUGUGGGUCUGGUGCCUGGCGCUGUGCAGAUGCCCAGCCAGAGACCCAGCCCAUGCCAGGCUUCGCUCUGUUCAUUCAAAAUAAAGAGAAAUGUCCCACCUCCUGGCCCUGAGCUCGUGCCCUUCUCUAGGAGGCACCGUCCCCCCGGUGUGGCAGCUCGAGGGGGAGAGGAUGGGACCCCACGGUCCCGCCGUCGGCAGGGCUGGGGUGCCCAGGGCCGCUGCACUGGUUAGACUGGUGACACACGUACUGAGCAAGAGCAUCGCUGCGGGACGCGGGGCCAGUGCCCCCCCGGGCACCCCAGCCCCCCUCCGUGACCCGCGUGGGGGGACGUGCCGGGGGCUGGAGCUGGCGCUGCCGCUGGCGGGACUCGUGAUUUAGAUGUUUUUGUAACGGGGUAUGUAAUACCAGCUCCAGAUGUGAUGUAAAUACCAGACUGUGAAAUAAUAAAUUCAUUUUAAUCUCUGCAAAGGAUCUUUUCAUCCCACAGCGAAGGGAGGCUUUGGGAGCGCUUCUCUUGCCGGCCAGAUCCGUGGUGGAGGGGCUGGGGGCUCUGCUCUGGCCAUUCCGAUCCCGAGCGGCUCGUGCAGCGGCGGCCGCUCUCAUUACUCAUGCAACUGUCUUAAUUCUCUGGCUCAAUAAAAUCUUUUGGCUGUGACUUACACUCUCUAA